AGGAGGAGGAGCGCUUCGCCUGGCGCAGAGUGCGCGCGGAAUUCAGCCCUUCCGGACACCACGGCGCGCGACUCGAGCGAGCGCAUCGGCGGCCGGCUGAGCGCCGCACGGACACUUGCGUCUGUCUGUCGUUCAUAUCAAUUCUCACUGUCCUGCCUGAUCCACCUCUGCCACUGUUAGAAAUUCAUAAAGGAAGAUGGUGUGUAUGGAAAGCUGAUGUGAGGAUCUGAACCUCUGUUUCCAGGGUGAUGAGCGGUGUGCUUUAAUUGAAUAUUAUGGGCUGUAUUUGCUGUAAGCAGAGGAAGGCCAGUAAAGCUGUGUCAAAUUCCAACUCGUGUGACACAGGCUUUGGGACCCAGGCAUCAGAACCCUCCCGUUACAUCGUCGAUCCCACUUUUAGCACUGGGUUGAUCCCAAACUUUAAUGAUUUUCCAAACUCUGUUCCCUCAUCCACUCUCAACCCGUCCCGCCCAGCCCUCAUCACAGGGGGUGGUGUAACGCUCUUUAUAGCCCUUUAUGACUAUGAUGCCCGUACAGAGGAUGACCUGAGCUUCCAGAAAGGAGAAAAGUUCCAUAUUAUCAACAAUACCGAGGGUGACUGGUGGGAGGCUCGUUCUCUGGACACAGGGAAGUCUGGGUACAUUCCUAGUAACUAUGUGGCCCCUGUGGACUCCAUACAAGCUGAGGAGUGGUAUUUUGGGAAGAUGGGCCGGAAGGAUGCAGAACGACAGUUGUUAGCGGAGAACAAUCCUAGAGGGACAUUCUUAAUACGAGAGAGCGAGACAACAAUAGGAGCAUACUCUUUGUCUAUCAGAGACUGGGAUGAUGCAAAGGGCGAUCAUGUCAAGCACUAUAAAAUUAGGAAGCUGGACAAUGGUGGUUAUUACAUCACAACAAGGACACAGUUUGAUACCGUCCAGGAGCUGGUGGUGCAUUAUACAGAGCGUGCAGCAGGGCUGUGCUGCCGUUUGAUUGGCAGCUGUAGGCGGGGCAUGCCUAAGCUGGCUGACCUGUCAGUGAAGACUAAGGAUGUCUGGGAGAUUCCUAGGGAGUCACUUCAGCUCAUUAAAAAACUGGGCAAUGGGCAGUUUGGUGAAGUGUGGAUGGGUAGUAAUGAUGGUUUAUGUUGCUACUUGACUAAAGCCUGUCCAAAUGCCACGCCCCAAACAAUGGGUUUAGGACGGGAUGCCUGGGAGAUCGCCCGGGAUACAUUGAAGCUCAACAGGAAGUUGGGUCAGGGUUGUUUUGGCGACGUCUGGAUGGGCAUGUGGAAUGGCACAACUAAAGUUGCAGUGAAGACCCUGAAGCCAGGUACCAUGUCUCCAGAGGCCUUCCUGGAUGAGGCCCAGAUCAUGAAGAGGCUCCGUCAUGAUAAACUGGUACAGCUGUAUGCCGUGGUGUCUGAGGAGCCCAUCUACAUCAUCACUGAGUUCAUGACUCAAGGAAGCUUGUUGGACUUCUUGAAAGAUGGAGAUGGCAGAAAUCUAAAAUUGCCUCAACUUGUGGAUAUGGCAGCCCAGAUUGCUGCAGGCAUGGCCUAUAUUGAACGGAUGAACUACAUCCACAGAGACCUGCGAGCUGCCAAUAUCCUGGUCGGAGACGGUCUGGUCUGUAAGAUUGCAGACUUUGGGCUGGCCAGACUCAUCGAGGACAAUGAGUACACAGCUAGACAAGGAGCAAAGUUUCCGAUAAAGUGGACUGCCCCAGAGGCUGCUCUUUAUGGUAAAUUUACCAUCAAAUCCGAUGUGUGGUCUUUUGGGAUCCUGUUGACUGAGCUCAUCACCAAGGGCCGAGUCCCUUACCCAGGGAUGAACAACAGAGAGGUUCUGGAGCAGGUGGAGCGUGGAUAUCGAAUGCCGGUUCCGCAGGGCUGUCCAGCAUCCCUGCAUGAGUUGAUGCUGCAGUGCUGGCGGAAGGAUCCUGACGAGAGGCACACCUUUGAGUACCUCCAGGGCUUCCUGGAGGACUACUUUACUGCUACUGAACCCCAAUACCAGCCUGGAGAAAACCUGUGAUAGAUGCAUAUACACUUAAGGGCAUUAGCUCAAUAUAUCCUUCAGGAAAGAUGCAAUUGCCUUCACUUUCUAUCACAAUACCUUCAUAAACUGAUGGCCCUGCCAUCACAAGCUCCAAAUGAGCAUGCUUUAGUGCAAUUCCUCAUUCUGUGCUUUAACUUGAGAGCUUCAAACUAAAAAAAACUUUCCAAGAUACUGCUCUCAAACUGCAAGAUUGGGUCACUUAAGUCUGAACUAAUCCAGUGAUCAAUGUUAAUAUUGGUUCUUUUAACUUAAAAUACAACAGCACAUAUUAAUUCAGCAUAUUAAUACUUCAUCUCUCCGUUGAGCAGUAGCAAUUAGUUACCUGUUCGAUCAUAUUCAUAUAUCCACCACUGUAUUUGUAUGUUCUGUCACUUGUAGACUAUUCAAGUCAUUUCUAAUGGGUGUCUAAUGAAGUUAUUCUAGCAAAGAGAACAUUUUGCUCUGAUAUACAGGUGGAACAGAAAAUCUCUACAAGACAUUCAACAAUGACCUGGAUAACUGAGAUUUUUUCUUUUAAGUUGUUGUAUGUUUUCUGAUUAAUGUGAUAUACAGGCCGAAACUCCAAUCACAGAGAAAGCUCAUCCAGCUCAAAAGCAAGGCUACACGAACCCUUUUUUAACAUGUGAUUCAGCUUCUGAAUGUGUAUAUUUGAAUGUAACAAUUCAGUAUUUCUUUUUUUUGUCUGGCAAAAGUAAAUUGAAUGCCAAAAAUGAAGUCUUGAAAUAUCAGUGUAUGCAUCUCAAUGCACAGCUGCACAGGAUGUGCCUUUAAAUGUGUUUAUCGUCUUACAUUUGUUUCUCUAGGCCCUGUUCUCUUAGCUAGUCGUGUUAUUGUUUUACAAUAAUACUUUUUUGUUUAACUUUUAAGUUUUACUUUGAAGCUAACAAUCUUGUAUUAUCAUAUUGGAGAGAAAUUAUGUUGUAUAAUAGUGGGCUUUAUUGUGGUUUUAAAGACAGGGUAUUGACAUUCAGAAAAGAAAAUCAUUCAGAGCUGUCUUUUAAAAUGAGAAGAAAAACUUUUUUUUAUUAUGAUUAUUAUUUUGAUUCAUGCAUUUUACACUGUAUUUUACAUUUGACAUUAUAUCUCAAUGAUUUGGAUUAUAAUUUAAAUCUGUAUCUUUAUUCAGGGCUAGUGAUAUUCUACAGGGAUAGACUGUAACGCUGAACUGAAGAAUGUGUAUUACAGUUAUGUAAUGUUUGUGCCAUUUUAUUAUACUGAGCUUACUGAACUGAA